GCCAACGAGGAGCGCAAAAAAAAAAAAAGGAAGGGAGGGUGGCGCAGGCGCACCCCACACCACCCACCAUCCUCUGCGGUGGGGGUGGGGCUGCCCACCAGCCACCAAGAUUUAUGACGGUCAGAAAAGGUGGGCCUAGGUGCGGUGCACAACUUAAUCAGGGCCCCCGUAGCGCACGUUAGCCCACCUCCACUCACGCACACCUAAGCGGUGGCCUCAUCCCACCUAGAUCUCAAAUUCAGCCGCAAACCCCACCUUUUAACCACCAUUCAAUAUGCCACCAAACCCCACUUUCUCCUCCUCCUCCUCCUCCACCACCUCGUCCUCCUCCUCCGAAGGAAAUCUCAUCUGCUUUUCUCAUCCCUUUCAUACCCCUUUUAUUAAAGUGGGUCGCUUUCUUUUCUCUUGGUCGUCUUCUGAUAAGGUCGGCCCUAACCAUCUUCAUUGACCUUGGGGGAUACCGGAUCUUAAGUCGAAACCCAUGUCUAACGCAUCGUCACCGUCGCCUCCGCUGGAUCCGUCGUCGCACCCAUCGCCGUCGCCACCACCACCACCACUGGCAGCGUUGGCACUACCAGCUACCCUUCCGUCGUCGUCAACUCCGCCGGCUACCUCUACUGUUACUCCGAACCCACGGCGUCUCCCUCCGCCUUGUUGGUCCCAUGAUGAGACCGUUGCCCUGAUUGACGCGUACCGCGAUAAGUGGUACGCGCUCCGUCGUGGGAACCUCAAGGCGCCCCACUGGCAGGAAGUGGCCGAAGCUGUGGCCCGACGAUGUCCGACUGCUUCGCCGCCGAAGACCGCUGUUCAGUGUCGCCACAAGAUGGAGAAGCUCCGGAAACGAUACCGGACUGAGAUCCAGCGGGCUAGAUCUAUGCCCGUUUCGAGAUUUUCUUCUUCUUGGGUCCAUUUUAAGAGUAUGGAUGCCAUGGAAAAGGGUCCUAAAGCGAAACCCAAUUACAAUUCGGAUAGUGCAGAUGAGGAUAACGAGGAUGACGAUGAAGAUGAGCAAGAUCAAGAUUUUUACGAUGAUGGAUACAAGAACGGGAGUAUCAAUACAAGAAGUGUACAGAAGUUGUAUCGAAACGGUAUUGGCAAUAAUGGUGGUAAUGUUAGGGGUGGUGCUGGGGGUAGUAGCGGUGGGUUUAGGAUUAGGAUACCCACCGGAGUUAGUAUUGCUCAGCCAGCUCCAAAAUUUUACGGCAAGAUAGAUCAGAAAUAUGCUGGAAAUGCUAAUGCUAGCCCUAUCCAUGGCAACCCUAACACCAAUCCUAGGGCUAGUUUUGGUGGGGCUGUGGCCGGGUCGACAUAUGGGACAAGGGUUUUGAGAGGGUUUGAAGAAUCGGCGGGGAAAUCAACUUCUUCCGGGAAGAGGGAGAGGGAGAGAGAUGCAGUGGCAGAGAUGGUGUCAGCCAUAAAGGUUUUGGGAGAUGGGUUUGUGAGGAUGGAGCAGAUGAAGAUGGAGAUGGCUAGGGAGAUAGAGACUAUGAGAAUGGAGAUGGAGAUGAAGAGAACUGAGAUGAUAUUGGAAUCACAGCAAAGGAUUGUGGAGGCCUUUGCUAAGGCUGUUUCAGAUAGAAAAAAGAAGCCUAAAAGAAUGGCCUCACCAGUGUCUUGAGAUGCUACCAAUGUACAAUAGUUUAUGCUGCUUCUUGUUUACACACGGAGCAAUCUGAUUAGCUGUAGUCUCGUGUUGUUUGGAUUGAUAUAAACUUAAUUUCCAAAACUGGUGCUGUAGAUUGCUUUGUAAUGUUGUGAUAUAUCUGUAUCUUUGGUUUAAGGCUUAGGAAAGUUGCUGCUUUGCUUUUUCAUGGUAUUUUUUUUUUUUGGUUUUUCAGUGCAGUUUGCCUGUUUA